AUGAAGUUGGCGUCUUUCACUGUCAUUUCUCUUUCUCUGGCCCUCUCAAGUUCUGCGUCCCACGGUUUCAUGAAGAAGCGUCUCAACGGCGUGACGAACGACAACAUGGAUAACCAUUCCAGUUCCACUCCUGCGACCAUUGCUCCUUAUGCUGGCCCCACCCCUGCUGCUGUGUAUCAGAGCGGCACAGACGGCUUUUCUGCCGAUGCCUUAACUCAGCAUAACGAUGCCAGAACCAAAUACAGAGCGGAUCCCGUUACCUGGAGCGCCGCUCUCUAUCCGGAUACUCAAGCCUACGCCAAUAAAUCAAAGAUGGCAGCCACUUCAAACGACUACUCUGAAAAUCUUUAUGUCGGUGGGCCCCGCACAACCAAACCAUACCCCAUUAUGGACGCCGUAAACAGCUGGAUGGGCGAAGCUUCCGACUUUGAUUAUAAUAACCCCAAGUCUACCGACAACAAUGGCCACUUUAUCAAUGUCGUGUUCCAGAGCGAGACUCAAGUCGCGUGCGCCGUCGGCGUCUGUGCCGCCGGCACUAUCAACCCCGAUGCAGAGUCUCAAUUCGUAGUCUGCCGCUAUUCUGGAAACAAUGGCAAGGGUUUCGCGUACGUCAUUGACACCAAUUUGAAAAAAUUCUGUUUGCUGACCGGUUUUUUGCCAGUGCGAACGUUGGGAAGCCGUUGGAUCAAUAAUUUACUAGUAACUACUAAUUCGUUGCCUAUCGCUAUAUCGGACAUUUACUUUACCCUGUGCAGUCUACAUCGAUAUAUGCCAGCGUGGACUGCUUUUCUGAUCAUCUUCCUUUGA